AUGGCUGCUUUGGACUAUGUCAAGCGCGAUGGUAAAGUGAAGGGUCCCAUGAUUCAUCGUCGAUCCCAUACAAAAUCAAAAGCUGGUUGUCUCUCGUGUAAGAUCAGGAGAAUCAAAUGCAGUGAGGAGAAACCAACAUGCACCAACUGUGUUCGCAGAUCAAGGAUUUGCGAGUGGCCCGCACCCAGAUUGAAUCCUAUCCAUCUUCGAUUCGGGAAUAGUGCUUGCCAGACAUCUGUAGAACCCCCCAAACAUUCAGUCUCCUCGGUAAAUGACGGUUUUACACUACGGGAUUUGCGGCUGUUCCAUCACUUCCUGAACCACGCUUCCCCGUCUUUGCCCCUAGGCAAUCAGGGUAUCUGGGUUCGCGACAUUCCCCAGCUUGUUCACGAAUACGACCAUCUCAUGCACGCUUUGCUAGCACUCGGAGCAUCGCAUAUUAGCUCUCGUACCACCAAGACUGGAAACACAGAGAAAGACAAUUAUAGGGCACUAGAGCACAGAGGUCGCGCCAUUGCUGGACUAAAGAAAGCAUUCUCCCAGAAUGAAGGAUCCCCUCCAGAGUCCGACGCAAUGUUGGCCACCUGCUAUGCGCUAGCAUUUCAAUCCGCUCAUGUAUCCAACGGAAGUCUGGACUUUGCAACCUUUGUACGUGGUUGCGCAAUGAUCACUCGACGCAUUCAAAGCAGCAAUGAGAACACAGUCUUCCAGCUAUCAACCGACACCACUCAAUGCCCUACGAACUUUUCACCCUCUCACGUCGAUUCUCCCUUGAACUUCCAGCUGCCACCUCAUUUGGCAAACCUCCUCACCCAAGGAGCACGUGCCAUUCAAGACACAGAACCCUACAUGGUCCAACAUCGCGCAGAGAGCAACUUCUAUCAUGGCAUCUACGCAACGCUCAUGGCACUUCAGCAUUCCCCCGCGACGGGUUACGGUCAGUUUCUAAGUUUCUACGCCGUCUGGUUCAAAAUGGCCGAGGAUAGCCUGGACCUACAUCUGACAUCAGGCCUGGUCCGCGACUCGGCACAGCUACUGUGGGCAUACUUUAUCGGCUUACAACUUCUGAUCCUGGUGAUCGUCAACCAAGCAACGAUGGAAAAUGGGGUUCCUCUUCUCGAGGAAGCACGCGACCUUCGCUCCACACGCCUCUCACAACUGACCGUGACGUUGGCAUGGUUCCAAGCGAUCGUCCAGAGCACUCCAGAUCACUUACAACAAUACGUCACAUGGCCUCGGCAGAUGGCCGAUGAAGUCACUGCUGUGUUUGAUGUUCCCAAACCGGGCGACAAAGACGUGCAAGGCAGGCUCAGCGUCCUCCAGAACCUCAAUCUCCAGGCUCAUACCGUUCUCGUCAGCAUUCUGGACAUCUCAGCGACCCUGACGAACUGGACAGAGGAUGGUCUUGCCAGCGUGGCUCGUCUGGGUGCACUGCGUAGCUCUGAAAUCAGGGACGGUAUUCAGCAUGUGUUUCGUCUCGACCGCGUUAGCGCACAGCCCCACCAGGAAACUGCAGUUUUUGCGGGAUGGCAGUCUCAGCCGUCUACAGGAUCGGCCGAUACCAAUGGCGUUGUUGAGACCCUGGAUGCAUCUGAACAUCUCUCCACGGCUGCGCCCACAGGACUCUAUUCGCGCAUGCACGACGAUUUGGACGUUCUCUAUGGUUCUGAUAUGCUGCAUCUGCAUUCGAGGCUGAUGGUUUGA